AUUUUCCUGGAUAACUUAUACUUAUUUAUAUAUUGUUUAGAGGAUAGUUGUAGUUUGAUUAGAAUUAAUUUAGUGUAAUUGCUAAAAUAAUAAAAACAUACGUAUGGGGAGUUGGUGUCAUUAAUAAAUAAAUUAAUAAUGUAGAAUAUGGAUCAAUGAGGGUGAAAUGAGUGAUAUAGAUCGAGAUAUCGCUCAACUUAAGAAAUGUGAAUAUUUGAGCGAAAACGAGGUCAGAUUACUGUGUAAUAAAGCCAAAGAAAUACUUAUCGAGGAAUCUAACAUACAAUAUGUAGAUUCUCCAGUUACAGUUUGUGGCGACAUUCAUGGCCAAUUUUAUGAUUUUAAAGAGUUAUUAGAGGUUGGAAAUGACAUUCCUCAGACAAACUACUUGUUUAUGGGUGAUUUUGUUGAUAGAGGUUACUACUCAGUUGAGACAUUUUUGUUAUUGCUUUCCUUUAAAGUCAGGUAUCCUGACCGUAUAACCCUUAUCAGAGGGAACCACGAGUCAAGACAGAUUACACAGGUGUAUGGGUUUUACGACGAGUGUAUCAGAAAGUAUGGAAGCGUCAACGUAUGGCGUUACUGCACAGAUAUAUUCGACUAUUUCUCCAUAGGAGCCCUUGUCGACAACCAGUUCUUUUGUAUUCAUGGAGGACUUUCUCCAUCAAUUCUCACCAUAGACGAGAUAAGGUGUCUUGACAGGAAACAGGAAGUUCCUCAUGAGGGUCCCAUGUGUGACUUGCUCUGGUCAGACCCUGAGACAAUGGAUGGCUGGGGUGCUAGUCCCAGAGGGGCAGGCUUUCUCUUUGGGGGUGAUGUAGUACGCCAGUUCUGCCACCAGAAUAACAUUCAAACAAUCGCAAGGGCCCAUCAGUUAGUGAUGGAAGGAUAUAAAUGGUGGUUUAACAAAAGUCUUAUAACAGUUUGGUCAGCCCCUAACUACUGUUACCGUUGUGGAAAUAUCGCAAGUAUAAUGGAGUUGGACGAGAACUUAAAUUGCAACUUCAAAAAAUUUGAAGCUGUUCCACCUGAUAAAAGAGGCGUUCCUGCAAAGAAACCACUUCCGGAGUAUUUUUUAUAAUCGUUUUCUAUGCUCUAAUCUCACAUGUCAAUUAUUUACUUUUUCAAAUGGAUUUUAAGAGUUAACCAAUACGUUUAAGAUACUGUAUGAUUGGUUCUACAAUGUUUUAUAUAAUUAAUAUCCUAUUAAAAUG